AGUUCCCCUGAAGUCACGUGAUUUAGUAGAAAAGCUGCAGCAGAACAGACGCAUGCGCACUCUCCUCUGAAGACUGGUCCGUCCUGUUUGUUCAUGUUUUAUUUCUGCUUCUUCCUGGUUAGAGACGUCAUGUGACAGAAACCUGGAACAUGUUUCCUCCUUCAUACAGUUGUAGUUUUAUCCUUAAUGUAGAAAUGAGACAUAUAAACUUUACGUUGUCUUCAUUCAUUUGGAAGCUCUCUACGUGGUGGUGAACUUUAGUAGGUAGACAAUGAUUGACAGGUUGUUGAUCAUUAUCAGUCACACACUGAGACUCUCUGUACUUUCGUUUUGUAGUGACAUAAUUCUUUAUGGUCUAACUACCGCCCAUCCCUCCAUGGUUUUAUCGCUCCACCUCCGUCACUACAUCUUCCGGGUUUAUUGAGAUCGAGCGGCUGAAAGAGACGAGUCGUCGUCAGCGUCAGAGACUUUGAGCUUUAUUUCAAACUUCCAUUAAAUGUGAUCUAAUAUUUAAUGUGAUCUAGUCAGGUUGAUAGAUUAAAGUCAGGAAUCAGUGAGGGAUCAACAGAAGACAACAUGUCUACAGGGACAUCUGCGUCAUUCUGGUUGACUUUACUGAGCGUCGUCCUGUCUGUGUCUGGAGAACGGGGAUUCAUCAGAGCUGAACCUGGACAGAAUGUCUCUCUACCAUGUAAAGCUCUGAACAAUGAACCUGUCAUCAUUGUUGACUGGAGCAGAACCGAACCAAAGCCAGAAGAAGAGCUCCUUUCAUAUCGUGAUGAGAAGCUUGUUACUUUGAAGAACCGAGUGGAUCUACAGGACAGACAGAUGAAGGAUGGAGACGUGUCUCUGAUUCUGAAGGAUGUGACGACUGAUGACAGUGGAACAUACGAGUGUUAUGUUGAAACUAAAACAAAGCGCAGGAAGAGAGAUGCUGGUAACAUCACCAUCAUCAAACUGCACGUAGUUUCAGAACGAGGAACCAUCAGAGCUGAAUCUGGACAAACUGUCUCUCUACCAUGUAAAGCUCUGAACAAUGAACCUGUCUCAGUGGUGGAGUGGAGCAAAACUGAUCCAAAGCCAGAAGAAGAGCUCCUUUUAUAUCGUGAUGAGAAGUUUGUUACUUUGAAGAACCGAGUGGAUCUACAGGACAGACAGAUGAAGGAUGGAGACGUGUCUCUGAUUCUGAAGGAUGUGACAACUGAUGACAGUGGAACAUAUGAGUGUUACGUCGACCAAAGAGAAAAAAACAUCAUCAAGAAAUUCCUUGAUUCCAUCAGCAUCAUCAGACUGGAUGUAUUUCCACCAGGUCACAAGGAGGAGAGAGGAGACAAGGAGGAGGGAGGACACAAGGAGGGAGGACACAAGGAUGGAUCUGUUGGUCUGAUUGUCGGUCUGAUAGUUGCUGCUGCUGUUCUUGUUGUUGUUGUUGGUUUUCUGAUCUUCAGAAGACGUAGACAUCCUGGUCCAUACCAUCCUCCUCCUGGUCCUGAUCCUGAUACAAAGUAGCUUUAAAUGUCUGGGAUCAGUUUCCAGCUGGACUCUGAGUGUCCUGCUGCUGGUUCUAGUUCUUCAGAGGACCUGAGGACAGACAGGAGGUAACAAUGCUGGACAUCCAGCAGACAUGAGCAACCACUGUAGCAGCUGACCUCCAACACCAUCAUCCUCCACUCAGCAAACAGCAGAACUGGAUCCACACAGGAAACACUCAGUCAGAGAAACAAUCUGCUCAAAGAAUCUUUCAUUCAUUUUAAUAUUAAUCCAGAAUCCUUAAAACAUCUUGGUUUGAACAAACAUCAGUGACACAGAGUCCUGAUAAGUGGUGAAUGUUUUACUCUCUUGAAUUCAAGUUUUUAUUCUUUGUUUUUUGUAGUUUUUGUAAAAAUCUAAUACGAUAUAUGUAAAGUUCAGACAGACUGUAAUUAAAGGAGCAGUCUAAUGUUGUUCUUAAUGAAGCUGUGUAUUUAAAGCUGACAUUGACAGAGUCAGAUAUCAGUGGUGAUCAGCUUCAGUUCAGCUCUUCCUAAAUGUCUUAGUUGUGUCUUUAUUGAUAAUAAUGUUUAUAAUGUUUUGUGAGCUGAAUGUAGAAGCUGUUGAACCAGUUGAAUCAGCUCUAAUCUGAUCUGGAAUCAGUCCAACAAAGCUCCUCCUACAUUCAGACUCAUGAAACAUGUUCAAUGACUUUCUCUGAGAUUCAUUGACCUUGUCAAGCUGUAACAUCAUCUGUGAUCCUCUACAUCCUGGUUACUACCACGUCCACUAAUUGAUUGUGUUAUAGUUUAACUUGUGUGCCUCAUGAUUUGAUUCAGUUGUUUGUAUGUUGCUUCUGCCAGUUUCUAUCUACAUGAUACAUUGAAUAUUUCAUUUCUUUGUGCUUUUAUUGUUACUUGUAUUGUCUUCGUAUUUGUCUCAGGGAGUAAACAUAAAAUUUCUUACACUGUUGUUUGUUGUGACCUAUAUGAUGACAAUUUGUUCUUGAUUUGUAAAUGUUCUACUUUCCCACAGGGAUAAAUAAAGUCUUUCAGUCAAAUAAAGUCUUAUGAAUUCUCAUAA